CUAAUACCGGAGUGGUCACACGGAAUACCGAUUGAAAACGUGCACCGGCUUUUUUCGGCGUAAACAUUAGGUAUUCGCUAAAAAUAUUAGGAUAAUCCUAAUUAAAUGAGUCCCAGCAAGAUUCCUCCACUGACCUAUAAGGUUGUGGCGGAGUGCUCAGUUUCCAAAGCCAGAGCAGGUCUGAUGACUCUUAGGCACAGUGAGGUAGAUACUCCCGUUUUCAUGCCAGUGGGCACCCAGGGAACCUUAAAGGGCAUCAUUCCAGACCAACUCAUUGAGUUAAAUUGCCAAAUCCUGCUGGGAAACACAUAUCAUCUGGGAUUACGUCCCGGAAUUGAGACUCUAAAGAAAGCUGGAGGUCUCCACAAUUUUAUGGGUUGGCCAAGGGCUAUCCUGACUGACUCUGGUGGCUUCCAGAUGGUUUCCCUACUGCAGCUGGCCGAGAUCGAUGAGCAUGGUGUGAAUUUUCGGUCGCCGUUCGACAACAGUCAGUGCAUGUUGACGCCGGAGCAUUCCAUACAAAUCCAAAAUGCCAUCGGUGCGGAUAUUAUGAUGCAGUUGGAUGAUGUGGUCAAGACAACCACAACUGGUCCUAGGGUGGAGGAGGCCAUGGAAAGGACCAUUCGUUGGGUGGAUCGCUGUAUUGAGGCACACGCCCGGGAUGAUGAUCAGUCGCUGUUUCCCAUUGUUCAGGGAGGAUUGGAUGUGCCAUUACGGCAACGUUGUGUUUCCGCAUUGAUGGAGCGGAAAGUUCGAGGCUUCGCCGUUGGUGGAUUGAGUGGUGGAGAAAGUAAACAUGAUUUCUGGAGGAUGGUGGAUGUCUGCACUGGUUAUUUGCCAAAGGACAAACCCCGUUACCUAAUGGGUGUGGGUUUUGCGGCAGAUCUAGUGGUCUGUGUGGCCCUGGGCAUCGAUAUGUUCGAUUGUGUCUUCCCCACUAGAACAGCUCGUUUUGGUUGCGCCUUGGUGGACGGCGGCCAAUUAAACCUUAAGCAGCCUAAGUAUAAAAUGCAGAUGGAACCAAUCGACAAGGAUUGCGAGUGCAGCACCUGUAAACGAUAUACCCGCUCGUAUCUCCAUCACAUUGUCACUAAUGAGUGUGUCUCCUGCUCUUUGUUGAGCAUUCACAAUGUGUCCUAUCAGCUGCGUUUGAUGAGGAGCAUGCGGGAAGCCAUUCAGCGGGAUGAGUUCCCUCAAUUCGUCGUGGAUUUCAUGGCGAGGCACUUCAAUUCCGAUCCCAUUCCGGCUUGGAUCCGAGAAGCUCUGGCAGCUGUGAAUAUUGAACUGCCAGCGGAUCCGGAGGUAGAAGUUUCUCAGGAGCAGAAACGAAAGACAGAGAACAAGCAAGAUGCGGACGAUGUGGCAGAGGAGCAGGUGGCCACUAGCUAACAUAUACAAAGAAAAACUAAAAACUUUUGACUACUAAAGAGGCAUUUGUAUAGUACUUAGAAACUAAUUGGCACUUUGAAUACUUUAAUGACAUUCGAUAUAUAUGACAUACAUAUAUCGACUUAUAUUUACUAUUAUUAAAACAAAAUACUUAAUAGAAAAUAAGUAAAAAGCUGAAUUAAACCACAGAUUACUAAAGAACUUGUAAUUUAGAAACAAAUAUAAAUCAAAAUUUUAAUAUUUUAUAUUAUUAUUAUGAUUUCAUAAAAAUGUUAAUCUUGGU